AUGGAAAUGAGCACCAGCGUAGAAGGAAGUCCGACACUAUCAUCUGAACAGGUUCAGUUUUUACUGCAAAAGCUGUCCUCGGAUGAGCAAAAAGAACUAGGUAAUAUGCUGAAGACAUGUACCACUGAGAUGACCUUCACUCGAGGAUUACCUUUUGCGGCCGCAGUGGUCGGUUCUUUAUAUUUUGCACGACAGCGUUUACCAACUGUAUUACAUUUUGGUCCAAAAAAGUGGCCAUUUUACGUUGUAGUGGGUAUUGGUGCAUUAACAAGUGCUAAUCUGCUAUCGAUGACUACUUGUACACAACGUAUUCAACCACAUCUCAAUAGUUUAUGGCAAAAAUAUAGUAGUGAAGACAGCGCGUCAACAAUGAAUUAUGAUGAUUUGAGAAGGCGUAAUCGUCAAGGAAUUGGAUUCUCGGGCACAGGUCAUGCACCGGCUAUGAGACCACCAGAAGCUGUGAAAGACUCUCAAAUCAGUUUAGCAGAGCGAGCUGAAAAUCAGCGUUUCACAGAUUCUUCAACUCGUCGCCAGAAUUAUGAUCAGUAUCAAUCGCAGCAACAACCAUCAUCAAUUGCUGUGGGUGGUUAUUCAGGUGACUUGCAACGGGGCGAUUCCCAAUCCAAUUUAUCAGCUUUCAACUAUGAUCAGCCCUCUUACAUAUCUGGAACUCCAGUCGGUGCUCCAAAAAAGACGCAGUAUGGUGAUGAAGGUUUUUCAUGA